AUCUAUGCGGAUUAUCACUGUGUACUAGAGCAAAGUAAUAGCCAAGAUGGUGAAAAUAAUAAUUGCAUCAUUCAACUUAUCGACUGCACUUAUUUCUAUUACGUUUGGAUGCGAUCGAGUUGUGAAGAGGAAGAAGAUAACUGUGCAUUAAAUGGACCUGUCGACAACAUUAAAGAUGCCAUCAAAAUGUUUAAUAGGAAAUUUAAAGACUUAACAAAGAACAAUUGGUCGAAUAGGGGAAAUUUUAUCCCCUAUCCUGGUCAGUAUAUUUUGAUCGAAAUGGUUGAAGAAGAUCAAGGCUGUACAGCAACUAGUACAUCACCGAACACUGGAGAAGUUAGCAAUGAUAAGCCUGGUAGAGAAACUCUAAAAUUAAUGGAAUUCAUUUCUGACAAGAGAUAUCUGGAGAUUGCUAUUGAAAAUAUUGGAAUACAUGAGAAGGUUUUUCCAAGUUGCGUUGUUAACAAAGGUCUUAUCGUUUGGGGAUUUUCCAUAUUAGAAGACAUUGAAGAGGCUCUCCAAAAUGGCGAAUUCAAAUUGGUACAGGAGUUAUCAAAGUCAUACUAUCACGGAUUAAGUUAUUCCAGAUAUGGAGGGGAAAAAUUGGUCGAUAACGAGUGGAAAUUAAAUAGGUUAAGGAAAGAACUUCAACUCUUAAUGGAUGUAUGGAUAGCACGAGAUUUAGUCAAGGAAACGACAGUACUAAAUGACGAAAAUCAGUCACUUACUGCUUAUUAUCAUGUAUUAAACGUCAAGUUAACUCUUAUGAAUCCGGGUGAUGAGACCUACAAUACCAUUGAAAACUACUUUAUGUCCACACGAUAUUCGGCAACGGAGAUUACUCAUAUCUGGCAAAUGGAUCGAUCAGGUGAAGAUGAGCGAUUUGCUCUACACGACGCCAUUCAAAACCGUCGAUUAUUAUGGUUUUGUACCCAUGCAGCAAGCACAGCUUCCAUCUUAAAAUAUGGGCUACGGAUUUCACCAUUAACCAACGAAUUUGUUGGUCCUGCUCUCUGUUUUAAUUCUACCGUAGCAGAUGGUCUUCGUUAUUUGAAGAGCCUUCAUCAUGGUAUUAUCUUUCUAGCAGAGGUGGCUAUAGGUAAGGAGCAUCAAUUUAAAGGUGUAGGCAGCAAUCGUUCUCUGACGGCAGCUUCCCAAGGCUGCGAUUCUGUCGUUGUCAGCGGAGAUCGAUUUACUGAUCCAGAGAACGAUAGCAAGAUCAGAUUUCAUGGCAAGGAAGUGCCUAUACACCAGGGAAUGGCUAUUGAGACAGAAGCAUUUGGAAAUUUCUAUGGCAAUGCCUAUUUCAUUUAUAAUGAAAGUCAAAUUCGUCUACGUUAUAUCAUCAGAGUU